AUGUCGAAAACGCCUAAUGCCGAGCAUAAACAGGAACCUGCCAAUGGGAGUGAUAUUUUAGAUGUUGCGAUCAUCGGUGCAGGGAUAUCAGGUAUCAAUACCGCCUAUCGCAUUCAGACUGAGCUUCCUGAUAUCAACUACGCCAUCUUCGAGGCCCGAGAUACAAUCGGAGGGACAUGGGACUUUUUCAAAUACCCGGGCCUUCGUUCCGACUCGGACCUUUUCACCUUUGGGUUCUCUUGGCGGCCAUGGACAAAGAAUAAUCCUAUCGCAGAUGCAGGGUCCAUUCUAGAAUACCUCAGGACGUCUACUACAAUGGAAGGAAUCGACAAUCAUAUUCAGUUUAAUACUCGAAUUCAGAAGGCGAAUUGGUCGGUCAAGUCCCACUUGUGGGAGUUAACAGCGACCACGAACAACGGUGUCCAACACCAAAGCUUCGCGAGGUUCCUUGUCCUCGGCACGGGCUACUAUGAUUACGAGCAAGCUUUGCCAGUUAUCAUUCCUAGGUUAGACUCAUUCGAGGGUCAAACCGUUCAUCCCCAGUUUUGGCCUGCAGACCUUGACUAUACCGACAAAAGAGUCGUUUGCAUAGGAAGCGGCGCCACAGCAAUUACUCUUGUUCCAGUUCUAGCGCAGAAGGCUGCUAGCGUUACUAUGCUACAACGCAGCCCGUCCUAUAUCAUUUCGAUAUCCAACUCGUCCAAGGUCUCCCGGUUGAAGCAGUAUCUACCCAAGCGUCUGGCAUAUAUUCUCAACAGGCUUUAUUUCCUGACAUUUCCAAUACUCUUCUACUACUUCUGCCGCCUUUUCCCAACCUUAUCUAGGAACACCAUCCGGAAAGCAGCUACUAAACAGCUACCAGAAGGUUAUCCGAUGGAUCCCAACUUUACGCCCCGCUACAAUCCAUUCGACCAACGUGUGUGCUUUGCUCCUGACGGCGAUUUUUACGAUGCAAUCCGAAAGGGUGCGAAAAUCGUGACCGGAACCAUCAAGCAGGUGGUUGGCGACGGUAUUCUUCUUGACGAUGGAUCAAAGCUCUCCGCCGACAUUGUAAUCACAGCUACUGGGCUGAAAAUGCUGUGGGGUGGGAAGAUCAGCAUCACGGUGGAUGGGAAACCCUACCGCAUUGGGGACAAAUUAGCGUGGCACAACGCCAUGUUACAGGACCUACCCAACGCCAUGGUGGUGACCGGAUAUGUCAUGGCCUCCUGGACACUCGGUGCUGAUGCCACAGCUUUCCUGCUUUGCCGUCUCUUGAGGGGAAUGCGCAAACACGGGCUGUCUACUAUUGUCCCGCGCGUCCCAACCGACGGGUCUGUCAAGGCGUGCCCUCUUAUCACGCUGAGCUCGACGUACGUCUUGGCAGCAGCGGCAGACAGCUUGCCAAAGUGUGGCAGCCAGGGUCCGUGGAGGAGGCGAUUCAACUAUUUCACCGACACAUUGAAGUUUAAAUAUGGUGAUGUGACAGAGGAUUUAGAGUUGUAUCGAGAAAACCUGCCGGUGACCGGCCUGAAACUCUAG